CUCAGUAGUAUUAGCAGAGCAGCGACUAAACACUGUGGAGUUGAGUGUCCCCAGGAACUGACGUACAGGAGGCAGCUGCUGGCUCAAGUAUGUGAUGAAGAUGUAUCCCAGGCCAAGAGAAGGAGCGCUGCUGCAGGCUCUUGUUGACCUGCUGCUGGCCACGGCCCUCACCACUGCUGCCCUAGUCAAGUACACCAAGGUAGUGGCCAGUUUUCCAUCAUCCUUGUCAUCGUGUCAGCUCGCUUACUACGGGCCAUCCUCUUUUACUAACACCCGGUGUGGAGCGCUCUGUAACCAAACCCCAUCCUGUAGACUCUUCUGUACGACGGCUGACGGCUGCUACUUGUUCAGUUCCAAAGUGACCGAUGGUUGGCUAGGUGAUGGAAACGACAGCUACACCUUCGACAAGUGUUACUCUUCCUUCCCUCUCUCUGGUGAGCUGGGCGGAAACGCCAACACCUCCUCCUCAACUGUAUUCGCUAAUAACUUCCCCAUGAACCCCAUUUCUGUGAAUUACUUCUGUACCACACCCGAUCUUGGUUGUUUUGAGAGCAUGAUAGACAGUCCUCCCUGGUGGAUGGUUGACUUCGGGACGCCCACGAAAAUCUCCACUGUCACUAUAAGUUAUGCCUAUCUCAUAGACAGUAACGUGCAGUUCCUUCUGGGCAACGAUACCAUAAUGAACAACAACCCUGCUUUUGUGACUGUGUACACCACCACCCCGAAAGGCGGCCUCCUGCUCACCCCCAGCGAUCCAAAAGUGGGCAGGUACUUCUUCGUGACGGAGCCAGCAAUGUCCGAUAUUGGUAUCUGCGAUGUCUGGUUCCACUAAGGGCGAAACCAUAAGAAUAACGUUAUGAUGAGGAUUUACUGGUGCCUGACUUUUCCCCCAACUGACAUGGUAGUUGUAGCUGCUCCAGACGACCUACAGUAGGGGGCAACAGUGGACCUCUACUUGUGGUUUUAGUAGAUGAAAAGGGCGCGAACACUAACAAUGUCUGAUAUAUUUCUUCAAUUUAGUUAAUGGAAGGUAAUGGAUGAAUACGUCAGCUCUUGAAUAUUUUAUAUCUUCCUUUAUUUUCAUGAGUUCAAGGGUGAGUGUUCCCCUCCAUACCACAGUGACACGUUCAUGGAAAAUUAACGCAUCAUUGCAUCAGGCAAACUUUCGGUCACCUGCUUACAACACGAGCAGUCAUCAGCGCCUGUCAUUAACAGCUACAGACUUGGACGAAACCUCACCCGUCUUGUCGCAUUAACUGGAGAAUGAAGGAACACAGAAGGAAGAAAGAUGAAGACGAAGAAAAUAAAUGGGAGGAGAGAAAGGAAAGGUGGUAGUAAGAAAUGCUUGUUUGUUCACGAAGAAUACAACUGGGUCGCAAUAGUUCCCGUAACAAGAUAAUGUUAACACAGACACCCUUAACAUUAUCGCCUCAGUCAAUGUAUAAUAAUAUAUAACAAAUGUUGCCUGUGAGGAUUGUCUGGAUAACAACAAACAUCUUAGUUUAUAUUAAAAGAUUUGUUUUUUGAAGUUAUGUGAAAAAUGACGCGAACAUCACCUGAUGUUUAUCGUGUGUGUGUGUGUGUGUGUGUGUGUGUGUGUGUGUGUGCGUGUUAUAGCAAUUCACGGUAUUGACAAAUAGAGCCAUAAGCCAUAUGUUGAAAAUAUACAAAUGAUAUAAUUGGUACAUAUACAGUACAGUAUUAUAGAACGGUAGGUGGAAGAGGGUUACUUAACAGUUAGAGUACAAGAGUGAGAUUGGUAAGGAGUGAACACAACUUUUCUACGAGUUGUUGAUAAUUUUUAUAAUGGUUGGAAUGGUGGCUGCUUAUAUAGCGUUCAAUACGUGGUCGUUUGAGCUGGAUACGGUUGUACAGUAGUGUCGAACAGCAAUUCGUGGACGAGGGAUCCCAGGUGGUAGCAAGAGACGGUGGUGAGGAUGGUGUAGUAGGUUCGUCCCAAACUGACAGAUGAGGUUCACGGUGAUGAUAAGAAAGAGAUGGGAGGGUCACUGUACCGAGAGAAUAGUCUUCUGUGUGUGUGUGUGUCUGCGUGUUUGUGUAUGUCUGUGUUUGUGUCUAGAUUUUCACAUAAGUUCCUGUAUUUUAUAAGCAAUAAGCACUAAGUGAGUUGUGGUAAUCUAUUUUCAAGUACUAACACAAAAAUACUUGCUGUGUUGUCCCGUCCUGAAGAUGUCAGUCAUUAUACACCUUAAUUAAUGUUUACCUUUACUUGUGCUGGAUCAUCUGAAGACUAGUCCCUGUCAGUUUAUCUCACCUUAAAUUGAUACAUCCUAACAGUACCUAAACAGGGGGGUUAGGUUAGGGUAGGUUACGUUAGGUUAGGUUAAGGUAAGAGGUGUCUAUACUUCAUGUGAUCCUUUAUGCUUUAAUUAUAUACCAACAAUCACGUAAGUCUUGUCUUCUGUCAUGUUAUGUACACACACACACACACGCAUACACACACAUUCAGGGUCGUUGAGAAAGCCUCACUGUGGGCUCUCUGUUUAUCGAUGACUCUGUAUACAUAAUUGACUACACACAGAGUUAUAUUAAUGAUCACCAAGUAGGUUUUACAGUUCAGUAAGUAAUGGACGUUAUGACAUUGGUGUAAGUUAUGUGUAAUUUAUAGAUACCUAGAUUAUAUAAACUUACAGAAUAUGAUUCAUGGAAUGUUGUACGAGUAAUUGCUUUCCUUCACUGUGUAUUUAUGUGUUGUAAUAAAUAAAAAAUA